GUCGACCUGGCUGUAAAUCGUUCUAUUGGCGGAAGGACCAGCAAUGUCAUCUUUUUGCCUCCGUGCUUACUGGAACCGGCUUCACAUCUAAUGCAGGCUCCCCAUCCAGUGGUUACGAUUUGGCCUGCUACGAUUGCGCCAGAGAAGGUAGCUCGACAACAACUACAGCCAGAACCACCACAACGAGCUCAACAACUCGUACGACUACAAUUGCGACCGCGGUCGCGGCCAACAAGGCUCGUCAAGCGGCCCCGAACAAGCCGGCCUGUCUUAUUGCCAACAAUGCAGCACAGACGACUUCAGCAUGCAGAUGCGUCAUUCCGAGCUCGACUGUCUCUGUGACGGCAACGACUGUAUCGACCAUCUCGGUUUCCAGGACCAUUUGGAAUACUAUUAGUGUCACCCCUACAACGACAGUCACUCCAGCCGCCUUCGUUUCGAGAACUACCCGUACAACAACACUCACACGGACUCGGAGCAUGGUCAGCUGGUCAAGCGUGACUGAGACCAUGAGGACCGCAUCGGUUGUAGCAUACAGCCUUGCAGCAACACCCAGUGCUUUCUACAUCGUCGACCAGGACAUGGCAAUCGCUGAGUGGCCAGCUGAUGCAGAUGAGAUCUUCUACCACGUGCAAUACGAUUGGAAUCCGGAAGAUGACGAGUAUGCUCCAACAGUCUUCACCAUCACGGGCGAGGAUGAAUUGCGAGUCGCGAACAUGGCCAAUGAGGACGGAGUAGCCGAAGGGUACCGUCUCGCUGGUGUUGGCGAUGAUGCUUCGGGUUACCAGAUUGUUGCCAACGACGUUGUGGAGGGAGGAGUGUUUCCUUCUUGCAAGAUUGAAGUCACUGCCGAUGGGCAAUGUCCUCUGCGGUGCAAUAUCGGUGGUAAUAACGUUAACACCAGAAACAACGAUGGUCUCUGGGCUCUGAUGCCCGCAGGCACAGAAGACGGGUUCCAGAACUUUGUCAUGGCGGCUGAAAAUGUGCAGCUGGAUGGCGGAGAUGGAGGGGGACAAAUCGACACAGAGUAAUUUGCAUAGCGUAUAGCGUAUAGCGUUUCAAAUUUUUGCUCCAAGAAGAGCAUCCAAUCGAAAUCUGUGUUCGUAAUCGAAAGCUUUCAGCAGUCCUGUCAAGUGUGCUGCUGCCGCUAGCAACACCAGUACGUGGAAGAUUUGAUGCGAGCUACCAAACAAAUCG